UGAGAAGCGUUUCCCCCGGGCCUCGAAAGAGAUGACUGAAAACUAUUUUGGCCAAAGACCAAGUGUGCUUGAUCUUCAUAUUUUUUUCAACAGUAGCCGCUAGUGACUCGACAAAACUAGACAUUGAAUUGAGUUCAACUAUGCUGUCCUGUCACGCGCGUGCAGUGUGCGGUUAAAUCGACGGUCGUCGCUGUCCAAUAUUCAGGUGUUCAACCUUUGUUUACCUGUCUGCCUGCGUACCUUGGAAGAAGGUCUCUAAAUUAUCCAGGCAGGAUCUGAAGCAGACCAAAGUUCUUUCUCAGAAAGAAAGAGGGAAAGUGUGGAUGGAGAUUAUCCUGAAGUGUGAGGAUUGACACGUCUUGGGAGUGAUGCACUGGCUUCCCCUGGUUGCCAUGGUGAUCGCCUCGGCCCUGCCUUUCCCUCAAAGUCCUGUGCCCAGGCUUGUUGCCGCAAUGAUGGAGCCUGGCAGAAACGACAGCAACAGCAGCAUGCUGACCAACUCAUCAGUGGACCACGACUCUUCUCACAAUAACUACAGCACAGAUGACAUAGCUCCUCACAGAACAGUCGAUAAGCAGAGCACGUUUGAGGAGGACCAUAUAUCCAAAAGUAGAGCAAACCAAGAGAAUCUUCAAACAGAAGACAUUGUUGUCAAUAACCCAAAGCAGGACCACACAGGUGGAGGUAGGACUACAGGAGCAGAUGCCUCCUGGCCGCACAAUCCUAGGAAAUACAAAUCACAAAAAAUAGCCAGUUCCCAAAGCAACAAUAUUCUCAAGGACUAUCAGCUUGAACGUAGCCAGUUUCAUGAAGAAAGCAGUAUUGAGGCAGAGACUUUUCUUAAAGAUGACAGGAACGCAAGACGUGAACUGAAAGAUGGGCCUCUUGAAGGUCUGAGCUCUCCAGUGCAGGAACAUCUGGACGAAGCUCAAACGGACGUGAAAGAGUUGCUGCAGCAAUCUGGAGGCUUUGGAGCAGAACCAGGGUUUGGGUUUGAUGACAUAGGCCUACGAGAAGAAGAUCAGCUGCUUUUGCUGGACGCCCAUCCACGGGUACUCUUCUCCCCGGCCCUUUCCCCACCCAAACACCCGCCACUGCUCUUAAUGCUGGAGUUGGGCUUAUUGGCCGAUGACGUUGAGGAUGAGGAAAGUCACAUGAUGGAUGCUACCACGUCCGGUCAUGGGGACGACAAAGAAACAUACAGGAACUUACUCUUGGGUCUCUCUGAUUCUGACGGCCCCGUUUCAGGUGUCCGCCGCAAGCGUCAAGCCGCCCACACCGCACAAGGCAUCGAACGCUCCGUAUGCGAGGCCGAAAGUGGGUGGGUGACCAACAAGAAGACGGCGGUGGACUUCCGGAGCAACACCGUCACUAUUCUGCAAGAGAUCCAGACCCAGACUGGGCCGCUCAAGCAGUAUUUCUACGAAACAAAGUGUCGUAAGCCAGAUCUAAAUAGGAAAGGUGAAGUGCAGGCGGUGGAGGGGGCCAGCUGCUUGGGGGUGGAUAAGAAACACUGGAUGAGCAGGUGCGAAACCAAGCAGUCGUAUGUACGCGCGCUCACCUCGGAUGAAACCAAGAGGAUAGGGUGGAGGUGGAUCCGUAUUGACUCCUCCUGCGUUUGCGUGCUGCUCACUAGAGGAACGUACUACACUGAGAAGAAGUUGGAGAGGGGAAGAGAGCGAGAAGGCAAAAGGUACAGAUAGCUUGGGCUGUCUGAUCAAAGGAUUGAUGCGGAGUUGAAAGAUCAUGUGAAUUAAAGAGCGUUUAAGGGAGUGUAUCUGUUCUGGUCCACUGUGUGGGAGAUUUCUUUUCCAGAUGUUCCUGCAUCUCACUUGACAAAACCUUAUCGCUGUACCCCCAGUGUCUCACUGAGGGAUAGUCAUGAAAAUCACCCUCGCGUUGCUCAAAACCUGUAUGAUUUAUUUUCUCCUGUGGAACACAAAUGAAUACAGUGGUAAACUUUUUGGACACUAAGUCACUCGUAAAGAUGUUUGAAUAUCAUCGCAUUAGAUAUGAAUAUCAAACCAAAUGGCAUCUGGAAACAAGUGAUGCUAGAGCUUUUCACUUUUCUGAGCCACUUUUUUAAAAUGAAUUUUUAUGAAGUCAGUUCUCCUCAAGUUUAUGCUGGUUUUCUAGCAGAAUAACUGCUGGUGUAGUUCAUUUUAAUAACAAAUAUGAGAUGUUACUCAGAGUUUGACUCCCAAAAGGACUUUUUGUCUUGAUUUUGAACAAGAUUUAAAGACCAAUAACGAUAACAAGUGUGCAUGUGGGAUAAUUCUUUAAAAAGAAAUGCCUCUUGUUUUGAUAUUUUCACAUGUAAUGCAAAAAAACUUUAGACAUUUUUAAAUGUGGCUGAAGUGUCCAAAUACUGUAUAUUUAGUGCAUUUCAUACAACAAAGCCUGCUGACUUUCAAGUUGUUUUGCUUCAAAAAAAGUACUAUGGAAAAUGGUCCAUGGACUAUAUCAAAGUCCCUUUUAAGGAAAUUCACUCUGCAGCCAUAUUUGCAAUGCCUCUAGGUGGGUAAUCUUCCUGUAAAUUUACUCAUCCCCAUGUCUUUCAAGAUGUUUAUGUCUUUCUUUCCUCAGUUGAAAAGAAAUUAAGGUUUUUGAGGAAAACUUUCCAAGAUUUUUCUCCAUUUAAUGGACUUCAAUGGGAAACAAUGGGUUGA